CAUUCCUGCACUUCAGGAAGUGGCUCAGGACUCCCUUUCCUGGUUCAGAGAACGGUCGCACGUCAAAUCACGCUCAAUGAGUGUGUGGGUAAGGGCCGUUACGGUGAAGUGUGGAGGGGCCAGUGGCAGGGGGAGAGUGUGGCCGUCAAAAUCUUCUCCUCCAGAGACGAGAAGUCCUGGUUCAGAGAGACUGAGAUCUACAACACGGUGCUGCUGAGACAUGAGAAUAUCCUGGGCUUCAUAGCUUCAGACAUGACCUCGAGGAACUCCAGCACUCAGCUGUGGCUGAUCACUCACUUCCAUGAGAUGGGCUCCCUGUACGACUACCUCCAGCUCAGCACCCUGGACGCCUCCAGCUGCCUGCGCAUGGCGCUCUCCAUCGCCAGCGGCCUGGCUCACCUGCACGUGGAGAUCUUUGGCACCCAGGGGAAACCUGCCAUCUCACACCGAGACUUAAAGAGCAAAAAUAUAUUGGUGCAAAAGAACGGACAGUGCUGCAUUGCUGACCUUGGUCUGGCUGUCAUGCAUUUUCAAGACACCAACGAGUUAGACGUGGGAAACAACCCUAAAGUGGGCACAAAGCGCUACAUGGCCCCUGAAGUGCUCGAUGACUCCAUCCAGAUGGACUGUUUUGAGUCCUUCAAGAGAGUGGACAUCUGGGCUCUGGGACUCGUGCUGUGGGAGCUCGCCCGGAGGACAGUCAGCAACGGUCAGUGCACGUUUCACACAACAUGA